ACAUGAAUCAGGCAAAUAAAUUCCUACGGCUAGACCAACCCCAUAUUAUGACAAACUUAACAGCAUCUGCCAUCUUUUUUAAAAAAUACUUCUGAUAUUUUAAGUAUGUUUCAAAACGUUCCAUUCCCAUAAAAGAUGAUGAUUCUGACAUUUGAACAAAAACACGCAAUGAUAAUAAGAACAACAUUCCUUACUGGAUUAAGAUUUCCCACAGGCAAAACAUAAUGAGAAAAACACUCUGAGAUCCAAGCCAAUAAUUAUUUGGGCAAUGUCGAAACAGUACAGGAAAGAGGUGGGAUUCGAAACCGGGAGCUGUGAGGAAGAUUGGGUGGUGGUUCCUCGCAAUGAAAGAAGCAUUAUGUUUUCUUCAUCUGUAAUGGAGGAGGAGGUGGCUGGGGAGGAUCUGAAAGUGGAGUUUUUCAGACCUGCAGAGUACUGGACAGAUGCAUUGCCUGUGGGGAAUGGGAGGCUGGGUGCCAUGGUGUGGGGAGGAGUACAGCAAGAGUUGUUGCAGCUUAAUGAGGAUACUCUUUGGACUGGAGAGCCAAGUGACUACACAGAUCCAAGGGUUGCAACUAUUCUCCCUCAGGUUAGGAAGCUUGUGACAGAUGGCAAAUUUGCUGAAGCUUCAAUUGCAGCAGAAGCUAUGAUUAGUCAACCCACUGAGGUUUAUCAGCAACUGGGUGAUAUCAAGAUUGAUUUUAGUGCUUCUCAUAAAGGUUUUGAUGCUAAUAGUUAUAAAAGAGAGCUGGAUUUAGACACAGCAACAGUUACAGUGAAGUAUGUUGCCGAGGGCAUAGAGUUUACAAGGGAAGUUUUUUCAUCCCAUCCAUAUCAAAUAAUAGCUACAAAGAUAUCUGCAAACAAACCAGGUGCUGUUUCCUUUACAAUGGCUCUUGAUAGUCUCUUGCAAUAUGAAUCGCAUAUAAAUGGUAAAAAUCAAAUUAUCAUGCAGGGUGAAUGCCCUGGGAAGAGAGUUCCCCCUAAAAAAAAAUUAAAUGCAGACAUACAGGGAAUCAAAUUUUGUGCAAUUCUUGAAUUACACAUUAGCAACGAUGCAGGUGUGAUAUCUAGCAUUGAUGACAAGCAACUGAGAGUUGAAGGUUCAAAUUGGGCUGUUUUUUUUUUAGCAGCUUCAUCUUCGUAUGAUGGCCCUUUCACCAAUCCUGCAGAAUCUAAGAAGGAUCCAUUGUCUGUAUCAUCAGCUACCCUAUAUUCCAUAAAGGAUGUUUCAUUUUCUGAACUUUAUGCAUCUCAUUUGGCAGACUAUCAGCAGCUUUUCCAUCGGGUUUCUCUUCAGCUCUCUAACAGUGCAAAAAGUAGUUCUCAGAAUAGUGGAAAUUUGCCUUCAACAGUAAGAAAUAUGUUUCAAGUUAUGCCUUGUGCAGACAAGCAACAAAAAUUAUUUGCGGAGAAGAUAUCAACAGCUGACAGAAUAAACAAUUUCACGAGGGAUGAGGACCCAAGUUUACUGACACUCCUUUUCCAGUAUGGGCGAUAUUUGAUGAUUUCAUCAUCUCGACCUGGAACAUUGGUCUCAAAUUUGCAGGGAAUAUGGAGCCAAGAUCUUGCACCACGCUGGGAUGCUUCCCCACACCUUAAUAUCAACUUGCAAAUGAAUUAUUGGCCAGCGAUCAGCUGCAAUCUUGCUGAAUGUCAGGAACCACUUUUUGACUUAAUUUCCAACCUUUCUAUCAAUGGUUGCAAGACAUCGCAAGUGAACUAUAAAACAGGUGGAUGGGUCACUCAUCAUGUUACAGAUAUUUGGGCAAAAACUUCUGCUAGUGAAGGUAAUCCAAAGCAUGCAGUAUGGCCUAUGGGUGGAGCAUGGCUGUGCACACAUCUUUGGGAGCAUUAUUCAUAUACUCUUGACAAGAACUUUUUGGAGCAAAAGGCAUACCCAUUGCUGAAGGGCUGUGGUGAAUUUUUGUUGGACUGGUUAGUGGAGUAUCCCAAAGGUGUCCUUGUGACCAAUCCAUCAACUUCUCCAGAACACCUGUUCAUUGCUCCAGAUGGUCAACAGGCUAGUGUAAGCUAUGCAACUGCAAUGGACAUGGCUAUCAUAAAAGAAAUAUUUAUAGCCACAAUAUCUGCGGCUGAGGUUUUAGGAAACACAAGUGAUGAUUUAAUUCAAAAAAUGAAGGUUGCACUACCAAAUCUUUUUCCGCCGAAGGUUUCCCAAGAUGGUUCUUUAAUGGAAUGGGCACAAGAUUUUCAGGAUCCAGAAGUGCAGCAUCGACAUAUGUCACAUCUGUUUGGGCUCUAUCCAGGUCACACAAUAACAAUGGAGUCCACCCCAGAAUUGUGCAAAGCUGCUAUUCGUAGCUUGUUUAAAAGAGGAGAGGAUGGACCAGGAUGGUCAACAGUAUGGAAGAUUGCACUUUGGGCACGUCUUCUUGACAGUGACCAUGCAUAUCGAAUGGUCAAGAAACUCAUUACUUUGGUGGAUCCUAGUAAUGAAGAAAGGUUUGAAGGUGCGCCUUAUGCAAACUUAUUUGAAGGUGGGCUUUAUGCAAACUUAUUUACGGCACACCCACCUUUUCAAAUUGAUGCAAAUUUUGGGUUCGCAUCUGCCAUUGCAGAAAUACUAAUUCAAAGCGAUGAAAGAAACCUUUUCUUGCUACCUGCAUUACCCAGAGAUAAGUGGCCUAGUGGGUGUGUAAGCGGGUUGAAGGCUAGAGGCCAUACAAAUGUUGCAAUCUGCUGGAGAGAAGGGGAAUUGCAUGAAGUUGGUCUAGUUGUGCAUAAUCAUAGUUCACCCAAAAAUUUGCAUUACAAUGGGAUGAGUGUGACAGUUGAAUUGUCUGUGGGCUAUGUCCACACAUUUAAUCGAGAUCUCAAGAUGGUUAGAUCACUCUCACUAUUAGGCACAAAGAAAAUAUCACAAUCUUCAUGUUCCAUCAGCUGAGUGUAAAUUUGUAUGAUUUUAAACUUUUAAAUUUUUAGGAUGACUGUAAUAUCAUGCAUUUGACUUUUUCCUCUUCUAUUUUUGGGUGGUCCAUAGUUUGGCCAAUUCCCUCUACCAACCUAUGGGAUCACCAAGCUCCAACACUCUACCCACUGUUGGCACCAUCAUCAACUUCAACUAUAUGCGUGGAGGCAAAGAUAGGUUUCUGAUGUGUAAUUGUUAAAGAAUUGUGUUCACUUUGAGUAUCUUUUGAAGCAUAAUGUUUUAGCAAUAUAUAUGAGAGUUUUUAUUUAUUUUUUAAAA